CACACUACCACUUCCUGAGCUUUUGUUUUAGAGUUUUUCCCGGUACACAAACAAAUGGCUCCAAGAAUCUCUCUUGCACUCUUCCUUUCCCUGAACCUCCUCUUCUUCACUUACACUUCUGCUCAAGGCUCUUGUCCUAAAGAUUCCCUGCAGAUCAGUCUAUGCGCUAAUGUUCUCAAUGUAGUUGAACUAACAUUGGGAAACCCAUCUGUACCGCCAUGCUGCUCACUCAUUCAUGGCUUGGUUGACCUUGAGGCUGCAGCCUGUCUUUGUAGCGCACUCAAAGUUGACAUUCCUGGCAUCACCUCAAUUAACCUUCCCAUCUUUCUCAACGUACUCCUCAAUGUUUGUGGCCGACCAACUCCAACAUCUUACCAUUGCGUCUAUUGAAUACUUCAGACAUAUAAAGACAUACCUAAAGGACAGAAAUAUCGUAUGGUUUCAAAUUAGUCUUGAACUUAUUGCGUAGUUUUCUUGUUUCUUAUAAUCAGUGAUUGCUUCUGUGAUUUUCUUGGAUUGAAUAAAAUGAUGAACGUCAUGUUCUCAUGCAACAAUGUAUUAUGGGGUUUUGUGUGUGUAAUCUGCAAGUUAUUUCCCCUUUUGCUUCAUUUUUAAUGGCCCUUUGCUUCAUUGUUCCUCUUAUCUUCGUUGUAAACGUUUCUUUUGAAUUUGAUUAAUAAAAGUAUAGCAAUCGGUGUUGUCUAUAUCAGGCCCAUCUGUGUAUUAAAAAAAAAGGUAAAAUGGCAAUAUGACGCACUGAAAUAAAAAAAAAUCAUAUCUUAGUUAUUUUGCGGUAAACAUUAAAUAAUGGCAUGUACUUAUCUGAGCUGUAUAUUAAUCGGGUUUAAUCUGAUCGUACGUUCUCCAAACCAAAACUGCUGUUGGAAAAGUACGUAAAGAAUGUACAUAAACUGUUUCAUGACAGACCCUAAUUUUCAUUAAAGAUGAAACAGUAUAUAUUUCUAUAAGCAAAAAAAAAGUAUUUAUAUAAAUGCUAUUUUAAGGAGAAUAUAAUUAAAUUCUUGGAAAACAAUAAAAUUUUGAUGUUUCGAGAUGUAUUUAGAAUCAAAUAAGUAAAAUACUAAAUAAAUCAAUUUGAUGCAAACUUAUUUAUGAGAAUUCAAAAUAAACUAAUUGGAUGUUACUUAGAUAAAAUAAAAUUAAUAUAUAUCAGAAGAUCAUAGUAUAUUUAUAUAUAUUAGGUGAAUAUUUAUGAAAUAUCGUAAUAUACUUAUACGGUAGUAUACUAUAUUUAUUGUUAUUUAUUCUUUUUUAUUUAGUGUAAUUAAAAUUCAUUUCAUGUAAACUAUUUAAAAUUUAAUAAUCAAAAAUACAAAACAAAUGGAUACAAUUAUGACUUUUAUAUAUUAAGAUAAGUGAACCGAGAAUCUGGUUCUUAUUCUCAUCAGUGCUCGCGUCUCAUGGAAGCCUCUCAAACUCUUUCAAUCGAAAAAAUAAAUUAACUCUCUGAAAGAUAGUGAGACUCGCCUGAGAGAAAUGAGAAAAAGAAUGAAAGGAAAGAAACCAAUUGUAAGACUCUAUGUGUAAUCAGAAAACUGACCGAAUAAGAAUCCAUGUGUCCUUUGAUCGAGAUUCCCUUGAUGAUAAUGCACAACUUAAUCUUAGAUGAGAUUGGUGGAGAAUUUGGAGAACUCUUAUGAGUUGUAGGUUGAAAAUGGUUACAUUACUAAAUGGAGGUCAAAUACAUGGAAGUACCUUCAAAGAUUGGUGUUUUUGAUGUGAAUUGCAACUUGUAAUGGUAACGCGAUGUUCUAAAUGAUAAAUGUGUUCUCAUAUUUUCAAACCUUUUCCUUAUACUUUGCUUGAUGUUUUACUCGAGCACAAACAAAUGUUUAAGUUUUAAAGAGUUAUAAACGAUCUAAUUACCGGUUUCCAACUAUUUGGAGUCUUUUAUCGAGUCAAUGUGUGUUUGUAGAGUCUUUUAGUCUUUUAUUGAUUCUUCUUAGGUUUUAGGCUGAUUAGAAACAUAAAAUAUCGAAUUGAGUGCAGCUGAGCAAUUAAAGGUGUUGAAUUGUGAAAAAAACGUUAGAAGUUUAUAAAUGGAUUGAAGACUUCGCAUUAUGUGCCUGAGCUCAAUUUCUUUCAUAUGUAAUAGGUUAGAGAAUUGAGUUAGACUUAUAAUGUCACUAGUUUGAGGUUGAUCAAAUGGCUAUGUUGAAGGUUAUGAGCGUUACACUGAAUACUAUUCAGUCUACUGGUUAAAUACGAGAAAAAUAAUUGUUUUGUUUCUUUAUUUUUGGUUUAGUUUUGCUUAAAUUUGUCUUUAACGUGAUUUUCACUUAUAUCUAUUGUAUUUAAGCCUUUUUUAGGCUAAUUUUAGAUAGAUUUUUUAUGUUUAAAUUUUUUCUUAGAGAUAAUUUUGAAUUCUAGCUUUGGAACAAGUUUUUGUUUCUGUUUUAUGGGUGCGAAUGUUAAAUCAGUUUUUGUUUAAUAAUUAUAGUAUGCCUUCUUUGUAUUGAUGAAUAACAUCGAUAAUUUGAUCGUUAUAUAACACCUUAUAUAUAAUAGGAUUGGAUCUAACGAUUUUUAUUAAACUAUAUCAAUCAUACUGAACAUGCUUGCCUAAUGCCUGUAUUUUCAAAACUUGCAUUUGGUACAAUUAAUAUUAUUGCUAAAAGAAGUUGUAGUUGGCCGUACAAGUAUUCAUAAAAUAUAUGAAACUUUCGAAAACCAGAGACAAACUAAACUUAAAUUGUUACUAUCUUAUAUUUUUAAAUUUUAUUUCAAACCCAUAAGAACGAACUAAUAAUUCAAGACAGCCCUGGCAUUUCGACGACUCUGGAAACUCAAAGAUCUUUUUUUAUUCCAUUUAUCUUUAAUCUACGAGUUCUUAAACCCUAAAACUGAUUAUUAAAUAAUGUUUUAUGUAACUUUCAUUGCAUUAUUACUCUCGUUGAAAGUUACUAAUAUAUAUUAUUCACAACAUGCGGAUAUAAUUAGUCCUAUACUUUUACCAAAAAAAAAAAAUUAGUCCUAUACGGCAUGAAUAUAUGCUAAACGAAGCCAUCAAUUUGUCGUCAUGGGAGAUUAGGCGUAGACAAUAAUGCUUUAGAAUAAUGGUGAUAAUCAUUAAAUCAUUAAAAGUUCCUCUUUCUGAGCUUUGAUUGCAGCAUUUUACUUCGCAACGUCCUUGUUUGACUUUUCUAUCACCUCGUUUCGUGCCUCCUUGUCCUUCAACGCUUGCAAGAGUUGUAGAUCAGCUAUACACAAAAAUGGUAGCUCAUAAUUAGUUCAGAAAAUGACCGUUAAGUCUACUUAAUAUAGUCGACUCAUAAUUCAUAAAUAUGAAUAAUUUAGUCAACUAAUUUCCCCCCUACAGAAAAUUCUAUAAAUACCCACUAAAACCCCAUAAGUUAUCUCCACCCUUCUCAAAAAAUAUAAACACACUACCACUUCCUGAGCUUUUGUUUUAGAGUUUUUCCCGGUACACAAACAAAUGGCUCCAAGAAUCUCUCUUGCACUCUUCCUUUCCCUGAACCUCCUCUUUUUCACUUACACUUCUGCUCAAGGCUCUUGUCCUAAAGAUUCCCUGCAGAUCAGUCUAUGCGCUAAUGUUCUCAAUGUAGUUGAACUAACAUUGGGAAACCGAUCUGUACCGCCAUGCUGCUCACUCAUUCAUGGCUUGGUUGACCUUGAGGCUGCAGCCUGUCUUUGUAGCGCACUCAAAGUUGACAUUCCUGGCAUCACCUCAAUUAACCUUCCCAUCUUUCUCAACGUACUCCUCAAUGUUUGUGGCCGACCAACUCCAACAUCUUACCAUUGCGUCUAUUGAAUACUUCAGACAUAUAAAGACAUACCUAAAGGACAGAAAUAUCGUAUGGUUUCAAAGUCUUGAACUUAUUGCGUAGUUUUCUUGUUUCUUAUAAUCAGUGAUUGCUUUUGUGAUUUUCUUGGGUUGAAUAAAAUGAUGAACGUCACGUUCUCAUGCAACAAUGUAUUAUGGGGGUUGUGUGUGUAAUCUGCAAGUUCUUUCCCCUUUUGCUUCA